AUGGGCGCGCACCGGAGGCGGCGGAGUGGGCGGAAGGAGAGACAUCAAGCGCGGGAGAAAGUGGGCGGAGAGGGGAAGAGGAGCGGAGGGACGACAGGACGUGGUCGGGUGACAAGGGGCGGUGGGGAGGCAUGUGCGGAAGCGCCGGAAGGGUGGAGAGCGGGCGGAGCGACGGGGCAGGGAGGGGAAGGGGUUCCAACGGCGGGAGGCGCGGUCGGGGGAGCAGCAGAAGGCAGGCGGAUCGCAGCGCGGGCGAGGGAUCGCACAUGGACACGGAGCGCCUCUGGGUUCCCCCCAAUCCGCGCAAUUAUGAGUCGCGUUCCGGCGGGAUCCGCGCUGGGAGCAGGCGGCGGGCAGGCCGGACGGCACCAGCAGCUGGCGCGCGCGCGAGGCGGGGGAGGCGCGCGCGCAGAGCAUGCGCGCCCCCUCCAGCAGCGCGGAGCCCGCCGGGGAGGCGGGGCUGGCGGGCACAGUCGGGGGAAGAGCCUGGGGGGGCUGGGCGGAGGCGGAACGGACGCAGGAGGGGAGAGACAGCGGGGCAGAGGGCGACGGACGGGGCAGGAGGGGGGAGAGGGCGGAGAGGGGGGAGGGGCGGGGAGAAAAGACGGUUCUGCAGGUGGCGCUGCUGCUGCGGCAGCAGCGGGACGCGCGGGGGCGCAUUGCUGUGCUGAGCUGAGAGCGGCGGAGGCGGCGUCGUUUGGCAGCACUCGUGUAAUGUGGCUGUCGCUGCUCUCCCACGUGGCCGCCCGGUCACCAUGGGCCAGAACCAAGGAGCGAAACCCAUUCUCCGUUCCUCUCGCACGUGCCUGCGUGUGCGCCCAGCCCGCCACCAGCGCCGCCACCACUGCCGUGUUGACAACUCUCAAGGGUAGUGUGUGGGUCAGAGACAGAAGGGGACAGAGGAGAGGGACGGGGGGGGAGGAGCGGGAGCGAGGGGGUGUGGUAGGGAUGGUAAGCGGGGUACGGAAUGGCGAGUUUGCACAAGAGGAUAGAGACGAGGGGGGUGAGGAAGAGGAGGAGCAGGCGGUUGGAAGGAGGAGACGAGGGGGAGAGGGUGGUAGAGCAGGAGGGCGGGUGAGGGGAGGAGGGGCCGGGAGCGACGGGGACUGGGAGGGCGGGGGUGCAGGGCUCGCAGGGGCGGAUGGGGUGGCGGCAGUGGUGGUGCCGGUGUGGCGGCUGGUGCAGGAGAUGCAGCGAGUGGGCGUGCCCCCCUCUGCCUCUGUCUGUAACUCCCUGCUCAAAGCGCUCUGUGCUGCUGCUCUGCUGCCCGCCCCUCCCCGCGCUGCCCCUGCUGCUGCUGCUACUACUUCACGUGACGAUGAUUCGUAUGGGGAUGGGAGGAUGGCAGAGAGAGGUGGAGGUCGUAAGGGGCGUGUUAGCGAGCCGGAUAGGGGCGCGGAGGAUUCUCGGGGUGUUGGGACGGGAGAGGAUGAAGGGAGGAGAGGGAGGAGGGGCGAGAAUAAGAGGAGGGAGAAGGGAGUAGAGGGGAGUGAGAUGCUGCUUGAUGCGGCCAUGCGUCUACUAGCGUGCAUGGUGGCGGUGCAGCGCCGGGAGCAGCAGAUGCAGGAGGAGGAGAGGCGAGCAGCAGCACGCACAGCCGACACCAGCAGCAGCAGCAGCAGCAGCAGCAGCAGCAGCAGCAGCAGAAGGGCUGUGAGAGUGGAUUUCCGGUUCCCUCUGACUGGCUAUGAGAAAGGCAGGACGGGAAGAGUAGGCAAGAGCGUGCGAGGAGGAGAGGGGAGCAGCAGGGGGGGGGGUGAGGAGGAGGUGCGGGUGGUGCUGGGAGAGGGGUGCGGCCCCACAGCAGUGUCGUUUAACAUCCUGCUGGACGCGUUGGGGCAGAGCGGGCGAGUGGCGGGCAUGGAGCAGCUGUGGCACCAGAUGACGCUGCUCGGCAUCGCUCGCACACAUGUAGAUGCACGGGGGAUGGCCACGUACCUGGCUGCCAUGUCAGCCUACGCGCGGCACCGCAGCGCGUCGCGCCUGCUCUCCAUCCACCGCCAGAUGGUGGCGGAUGAUUCGCUGCCGCCGCCCAGCCGUGCGACGCUGUCAGUGCUGAUCGAGUGUCUGGGAGCAGUGGGCGCGGUGGGGAGGAUGGAGGGCGCGUUUGAGGCCAUGCAGGAGCGCGGGUGGGUGGCCUCUACGGCGACUUGGAACGCUGCUUUAGCGGCAUAUGCUGCACGCAACGACAUGAACGGCAUGUGGAGGAAGUUUGAGGAGGUGAUGGCGGGUGGGGGCCACCCUGACACGGCCACCUUCACACUGCUGCUCUCGCACCUCGCCCAGCGCCGCCAGCUGCACCGCAUUGAACACCUCUGCAGCACUCCUCCUUUCCUCACCAAACCCACCCGAACCAGCAGCGGGUGCGGCGUGUUAUAG